AUGUUCUUCUUCUCGCUUUUGUUGCUGAUCCUUAUCAUUAAAGACCGCGAUAACGAUCGUUAUCGAGAACCAGAAUAUACAGCAGCAGCAGGAGGUGCAGCUGAACCGGUUCAAGGGGCACCCGAAGCUGUUGUUCCUCCGCCACAGGAGGUACAGGGUCCAGAAAGCAGCAAAGCUAUCGUAGCCCCCGAAGGAGACGGGUAUGCCCCGGAGGGCAAGAUGCCACAGGCGGAAGCACAAGCUGGCAGUGUUGAUUGCCGUGCAUCUCAUAGUGAAGGCGCAAACGAAGUGGUGGCACACAAUGGAAUUGGUCCCCGGAUGGCCUCGAUUCCUUGA